CGGUGGUGACCGAUAAGUGCAGUGUUGUAUACUCGGUUUGAGAUUUCUCUAACGUAGAUAUCACCAGUUUAUUCAGUAUUUUGAGGAACAUUUCAUGCAGAAGUGAAGCGUCACACGUUACAGGAUGUCUGUGGCCGGACUAAAGAAGCAGUUCCACAAAGCCAGUCAGCUACUCAGUGAGAAGAUCAGUGGGGCCGAGGGGACAAAGCUGGAUGAAGACUUCAUGGAGAUGGAGAGGAAAAUCGAGGUAACCAACAAGUCAGUGUUUGACCUCUUGUCCAAAACAACAGAAUACCUCCAGCCUAAUCCAGCAUCGCGAGCCAAACUCAACAUGCUGAACACAGUGUCAAAGAUCCGAGGGCAGGUGAAGACCACUGGCUACCCGCAGACAGAAGGCCUGCUGGGAGACUGCAUGCUUCGCUAUGGUCAUGAACUUGGAGAGGACUCUGUCUUUGGCCGUGCUCUGGUGGAUAUGGGUGAGGCCAUGAGGCAGAUGGCAGAUGUGAAGGACUCCUUGGACAUAAAUGUCAAACAAAACUUUAUUGACCCCCUGCAGACUCUACAGGACAAGGACCUCAAAGAGAUCAUGCACCACCUAAAGAAGCUGGAGGGCCGCCGGUUGGACUUUGACUACAAGAAGAAGCGUCAGGGGAAAAUCCCGGACGAGGAGAUCCGUCAGGCUGUGGAAAAGUUUGAGGAGAGCAAAGAGCUAGCUGAGAGAAGCAUGUUCAACUUCCUGGAGAACGAUGUGGAGCAGGUGAGCCAGCUGUCAGCACUGAUCGAGGCGGCCUUAGAGUACCACCGGCAGUCUAGUGAGAUCCUGGAGGAGCUGAGUGGGAGGCUGCAGAAGAGGAUAUUGACAGCCAACAGCCGACCCAAGAGAGAGUUCAAACCAAAGUCGAUCAGGAGCAGCAUGGAGACUCUGGACAACAGUCAGCAGAAUGGCCUGUCCUAUAGCUCCUCAGUCAAAUGCACCGAUUUCCAAGUCAACCACACAGUCAAUGGGAAAACUGAUCAUAUUACCUCUGUCCCACUGUCAUGGCCUGAGAGCCCCACUACCAAUGGCAAUCUUCACCAGUUGGAGCUGUUGGACCAGCCAUGCUGUCGCUCCCUCUAUGACUUUGAGCCCGAGAACCAGGGCGAGCUGGGCUUUAAAGAGGGCGACAUCAUCAUCCUCACCAACCAGAUAGACGAGAACUGGUAUGAGGGCAUGAUCAACGGUGAAUCUGGCUUCUUCCCCAUCAACUAUGUAGAGGUCAUCGUCCCCCUGCCUCAGUGAAGACCAGCACCUCGAGUCCUCCAUAUACUCCAUCCUGCCUCAUCACACUCAGCCUCUGUCCUCAGCCCCACUUGGGUCUGAAAGUUCACGGGGCCGGAUCAGCUUGAAGCUGAAAAAAUCUUCUGUCUCCUGAUUUUCAAAGCGAGCCAGAGAGGUAGUAGGUUUGUGCCACGCCGACAUAAGAUCAGAUGUCACUGAUUGUUUCUGUUGAUAUUUAUGAACCUGAAACCAACUGAAAUCCAAGCCAUUAAGGGCGACUGCCUGGUCAGACCGUCAGUGUCCUCUGAGUCUGACCACCGUGAACCAUCCUCAGAUGAGGCUGCUCCUUCUUCAUCAUGAACUGAGGCUCCUUACUUUUGCUUGAAGUGCACCACUGAACAUUAUGACUGCAUUGUUAGACCACUACAAUCAAGUGAUGUGCUCUUACUUGCAUUAUAGUCACAUAAGGAACAUUAUAUACAUUUCAGGUUAUUUUUAAUCCCAUUAAAUUGUUCUAUAGUUAUCCAGAAAAUGUUAGAGGGUGUGUGUUUUCAUCAUGAAUCCUCUCAUAUUGAGCUAUCACAUAUCAGGCUGAGCACAGAUUAGCUCACCAACAUAAGUACAAACUUAGUUUGAGGAAUCAGGGUUUAAAUGAUCAAGCUGAUGUCUAAAGGGCUGCUUCACCCAAAUUAAUUUCAUUUUUGGUGCUCACAGAGUUGAACAAAGACAAUUAAAAGAAACUCAAAAAUUCAAGAAGUGACCAAGAUUGUGACCAAGUGAUUUGUUUUGAUCUGAGUGAAGCAGACCCUUUAAAGAAGACCACACUUGGUGAGUUGAAGUCUGUAUGUUAAAGAAAAUGAGCACAUUUUCUCAUCGACUGCCCAAGAAAAUCCCACAUAUGACAUCAGAGUCCCAGAUUACACUGCGUUUGUUUUUCUGUUCUGUGUUAUCAUCCAAACACAAGCCUCAUUCCUCUAUGUUUAUGAAGUCUUACAAGAGUUCAAUGAUAAUUCCACUGUAUUACAACUUCAUCCUUGUUUUUGUAGAUUAGCCAUCAUGUUGCUAACUAACUUGGUCUCACUAAAUUCACUGCUGAGCUCAGGAACAUGGUGGCUUUACUUAAAAGUAAACAAGAAGUCAGAUGAUGAGACGGGUUUAAAGCUGCAUUAAUCAAAUGUCUAGUGUAAUGAUGAAGCCACAGAGAAUUAUCACUAAUUAUCAUCUGCAUUCCCUUCCAGCUCUGUUAAGUGUUGUAGCAUCUUUCAACUCAUGCUUUUGGUUUUACAGCAUCAGCCACUUGUUUCCAGCAGCAGCUGCUUUCUGUGGCUGGGGAACAUAGUGAAGCAUUUAGCAGCUAAAGAGCCAGAUGUUUUUCUCAGGAGUUGGUGGACACCAAAACCAGAACGCUUUAAUAUGUCUGUAUUUCUCAGCUUGUUGUGGAGUUUUUUUCCCCAAGUGGCCUAAUAAAAAUUGAUCAAUGCUGCUUUAAAUGAACUCCCAUGCUCACCAAAUGGAAAAGAAAAUUAAGCCAAAAGAUAAAAUUAUUACACAAACUAUCAGUUGUAAACAUCCAUCACAAUUGACAGGCUUAAUUUAACUUUGACCUACCUUACUUGCCGUAGCCACUCGCACUGUUUUCCUGUGCACACUUUCAGUUUUAUCUCCAAAUAAUCAGGUGAAACUGUCGGUUCGUUCACAGCCUCUCUGAACAGCUGUUUCUUCGUUGCCACGUUCCUGACCUCAGCAGUGAGCUUGGUGACUAUAGCGUCAGAUGAUGAAAAAGACCAAACUUAAAUUUAGAAUGUGAAAUGAAACAUUUGAUCGACGUUGGCUUUAGCUCGUUGGCUCUUCCUCACUUGCUAUUUAUUUUAGACAUGUUUUUAUGAUUUUAUGAACAUAACAAGCCAUAGCUGUUGGAGAGUGAUCACAGCUAACCCACAGAGGUAAUGUCUCCAGUGUCGGACAGUAUGUGAUGUGUAUUAGUGCUCUUUCAGGUCGGCCUGUCUGGUGUUGUAACUCUGUUCUUGUCUCUUCUCCCUAAACGGACUUUGCCUGUUUGCCUGCUGUGCUCUUAAAGAGUCACCAGAACAUGUUUGUUCUGUGAGGAACCGAGGUGAACUCCAUCUCUCUGAAUGUCCUUCUCUCUGUUUACACGCUGACUUAUUGUGACAUGAUGUGAGGACUGUGUCAGAAAUGGAUCAAUGCCUUGUCACACUGAAACCAUAUGAAAGUGCUUUUUCAAAUGUUGUCUGUAUUGCACUGAAGCUUUAGAAUCUACCUUCCACAUAUGUUUAUGGACAUGCACCUUUUUGUUGUUAAUGUUUUGCUGCACUUUGUGUUACUCACAGUGGGUUAGAAUCACUACUGUGUCAGAUGUAUGAAGUCAGAGUGGUAGAUACUUAGACUUAUAGAAGCUAAGGACUCCACUGCCUCAGUUAUAUGUACGUACACAGAGUCUGUGGAAGUAGAAGAUCCUGUCACCUUGUGAAGCAAAUUCCAGCUGUCUUAUUAGUGAUAUGCUGUAGAUAAGGAAAGGCUGGCAGUGAUAAACCCAUUUAUUUAGGAAGUCCCAUCAUGAGUUGAUAAAACACCUUAGCAGCUUGAUGAUAGCCGUCAGGUAAACACCACCAGACAUGAGGAGGGUUACUGUAAAUUCUCAAAAAGAGGUGAAAGGCCUGUCCCAGGUUUUAAUUUAAAGCUUUGUUUCUAAUUUCAGUAAUAUUUCAAUAAGAAGCCUUCCUAUUUUUUUUAUCUGCUCCUGUUUUCAUUUGCAGUUAAUGCAAACUCAAAGCUGCAUGAUCCACAUGACUCACAGCACUGACUCAGUUUAACAACAAAGUGUCUGCUGCUCUCACUUCUUCUCUGACAGAAAUACUGCUUAUUUGUUCCAGUUUUUGCAUUAAAAGAUUUCCAGGUGCUCAAAGGGAACGAAGAGUUGUGAAAAAAAGUCCAAUUCAUUUUCUUCCAGGGCUAAGAUUGACAACUGCAUUAGAAAAGGUAUAAAACCUUUGUACACAAAAAUGUGAGGUAAAUUGCAACUCCCAUGGUGCAUUUCAGCAAGAACUGCAAUCCAAUCACAGAGCUUAAAAAAAGAUAAAAUUAUGCUGUUCACAAUUUCACAGUCUGCAGCUUAAAUCAGUUUAUUUUUUGAUUCUGGCUCUAUAUAUUGCUCUAUAUAAAUGAAGUUUAUUAUUAUGAUUAUUAUUAUUAUUCCUCUAAAUAGGCUCAUGGGUAUUGUAGUAUUUUUUAGGUCCUUUACCAUGCCAAAAUGACAUGGUUUUUCAGAAACAAAGUUGAUUUCAUUAAAACUGGUGAUCAUUACAUAAACCUAUAGGAGCAUUUCACUGUGCUUCAGUGUUAAGUAACAUUGAGGAAAAAACCUUGUAACUCCAUAGCCCCUGCUGUUCCUGGUAGGCUUUUAGUUUGAAAGGUUUUAAGGAAGUGUUAAGUAUCAAAGACAGUAACUUAACAGUGCUCAGAAAUAGUACAGCAGAAGUGGCAGGGGUGAAUUAGUGAAUGAAAGCAGUGUUUCUGAGUGUCAUGUCACUCUGUUGUUCUACUUAUUUAUUUGUCGACAUAUACAUUACUUCAUUUAUUCAACCAUUAUUUGAAUAGCGACUUUUAUUUGAGAAUUUACGGCUGUUUUUUUCCCUCCAGACGAGUGGUUUUGUUUUAUCAACAAAGUUUUACUUACAAUGUGAAAAGACAUCCAGACCGACACUCAGGUUUGAGUCCUGGUCCCAGUGUGUACUCAAUGGACUACAUUCAUCUUCUACAUUAUAUAGUUUCAUCUUCUAUCGUAUGUGGACCAACUUUAUAUUCAAUAGAGAGAAAAUAAAUCAAAUGUAUUGGAUACUUACUGUUAGCUUGCGAUUGCUUCGAUGUUCAACAUGUUGCAUGAUAUUUUUUUCAUUUCUAAAGAUUGUUUUUAUGGAUUUUGGAUACUGGGGAGGUCUUAGCACAAGGUGCUGUGUGCAACACCGUCACAGUACGUCACAGGAAGGAAGGACCAUCACAUGGUUAAAUCCUGCCUCAGUCUCCUGAUACAACAGUUUCUUCUCAGACUGCAACUCGCUUUAAGAAAUUGUUCCAAAGUGUUUGACUUUGUUCAGAGAUUUAAGACUGAAUGCAAGAUUAGCCCGUUUUAAACUGUUAUUUUUUUGCAGUUGCCCCACUGCAUGAAUGACUCCUUGAUACACUAAAACAAGAUCUCUCAACACUGUACCUCUGUUUGCCUUUGCAAUCUCUCCUCAGUAUUCAUUUUACAGCCACUUCUAGGCAGGAAAACAGCUGCGCAGUUCUGUGUUUUAUUUUUUCAGUAGCAUAAUUUAUGCAAAAGGUGUUUUAUAGAUGUUGUAAAUGAAUAUAUUAAUAAAUAUAUUGCGUCAAUAAAUG